AUGGCAUUACUAGUUAGUUCCACAAUACAACCAUGGUUGACCUUCAAUGAGAAUUUAUCCGUUGUUCGACCCUGCAGAUUCGUCAACGUUUCAACGGAAAUAGACUACGGAAACUCCGUAGUCUACGAGUACCCAAUCACUAAGUGUUCAAGUGUAUGCAACGAUAGCAUAUCACUUUUUGAAUUAACCAACAGCGAUACACUGGUGACUUGCGGCUUGUGGUCUACGUUAGUCAGUUCUUUGACCUACGAUGGAUUGGGCAAUUUUCUUCUUCCGCCCAAUGACACCAGAUCUUUGACUCUUCUGGAACCAUUCAAUGCAGUUGGCCUGAACUUGGACGACAUUCCGUAUACUCUGUCAUACGCAGACACUAUCAGUGACUGCCUAGUCGAGAUUUACAGCGAUGUGAAACAGUUUUCCUUUAAUGACGACGGUACUAUACCAGCUAACUGCUCGAGGAAUGACAUUCUUCCUUUCGGCACGCAUGCAGGCAGUGCUGGCUGGGCCAGCACUGUCUCAAGCCUCAAAACUUGCAUGAACAACAGUAUGUAUCUUCCAAGUCCAUAUUUCCUCUUCUGGACCAGGAUUCGAGCCUUGAAAUAUGUCUUGGAGGUUUUCAAAUUCGAGAAAUGUUACAAGGCUGAAUAUAUUUCCUCAAAUGGCCAAUAUCGACUGCGGAAUCCAGUAUGCAACCCGAUAACUCUCAAUCCGGAUCUUGCUGGAAUUGGAGUAGGUUCUGCAUUUUUAACACCCAGCAACGUUAACGUGCUACUGACUGUCAACAUCCAGGUCUUUUCGUCCUUCGUGAUACAUUCGGGUAUCGCUGUUCUCGAUCUGGUUGCUCUAAUAAUCCUCGAAUUAUUUUCUACGAAGCCGGAGGAGACCCCAGCCCCUGACGAUAUAAAGAAGCAUGACGAGCCUCGGAUUGAGCUUCAGACCCCAUUGACAAAACAUAAAGACAACCUGAUCACAGCCCUAGUCGAGUUCCAUAAGGCUCAAUGCUACUUUGCAAGCACCAUUCAGAUCACCGCCUUGAUCCUCUUUCACCAAAACCAAAGCGACAUCAGUGUUUACUUAACGAGCUACGAGCCAACCUUUGACGCAGACCUCGUCGAUGGCAAUGUAUGA